UGAAUCCGCCCUCGACACGAAUCGCUUCAGGAACACCCACUCAAGCGCAGCAACAUAUCUCAGUGCCAAGCUCUCACGACCUUAACGACACACACUACCAUAUACUCAGACAUAUACACAAGACAGGAUGUUGCGCACACUCGCCUCAAAGAUCCCUUCGCCGUUCAGAGUCACGGUCAGGUCAUUGCACCUGAGUGCACCCAUGAGGGACCAGAUGGCUCGCGCUGAGGUCUCGGGAAAGCGCUUCUGGGAGACGGCCGGUGUCAAGGACAUGGGAGAUCGCAUUGCGGUGACAUUGGAUGGUAGGGUGCUCAAGACCCCCGCAGGAAAUCAAUUAACACUGCCAAAGGACCAACAGAACCUCGCCCUGAUGAUUGCAGGCGAAUGGAAUGGACAAAAGGCAUUAUUGAAGUCACAUUCUCUGCCAAUGACCUCGUUGGUGGCAAGAGCAAUUGAUAGUUUUGCUGGAAACGGACAGGGCCGUCAGGAGACAUUGAACCGCUUGACCAAGUUCUUGGAUACGGAUUCUAUUUGCUAUCAUCAGGAUUUCCCCGAAUCAAUUGUCAAGGCGCAGAAGGAACAUUGGGACCCCAUCUUGAAGUGGAUCAAGCACGAAUACGGACUGGAUAUCAAGGUCUCGCAGGGUAUCACCUAUGUCCAGCAGGAUGACGAUGUCAAGCAGAAGCUGCAUGACAUUGUGAGCAGCAUGAGCGAUAUCGAGCUUUCAGCAUUCGAGAGAGCGACGUUGACUGCCAAGUCUUUCUUGAUCGGACUGGCUGUCGUCAAGAGGCACCUGUCCGUAGAAAAGGCAUGGCAGGCUGCCCAGCUCGAAGUCUUGGACCAGAUUGAACGUUGGGGCGAGGUCGAGGACAGUCACGAUGUCGACCGCGAGUUCAUGAAGAGCCAGCUUUCCAGUGCUCGCCUUGCGAACCUUGGUGUUUAAAUGACCUUCAAGAUCCUACUACACAGAAUGACGAUCCAUAGACAAAGAAAUAACACUGUAUAAAACCUGCGCAACACACAC